GCCGGCUAAAUCACGUGAUCGCUUUGGGAGUGGUCCGAUGUUGGCGCGCAUUGCAAACACAGUACAGAGUAGACUACGGUAUAAAUAGGUUGCUAAACGCAAUGGCGAUCGCCUGUUAUCUCAGAUUUUGUGGAUUUCGGGCUCCUGUACUUGUUACACCUGUGCGCAACAGUGCAACAGUGCAAUCUUUUUUCGGGCCUUGUCCGUUGCUUGCGAUGGAACCUGCGCGAAAAAGGCGAUCCUCCCCUGCAUGGGAACAUUUUGAUUUGAUUGCUUCCAAUAAGGCGAAGUGUCUGUUGUGUGCAAGGGAACUUGUAUACAACAAUAACACUUCGUCUCUGUUGAGGCAUUAUAGAGCCUUGCAUGAGAGCGAGGAGAGCCAUGAAACUGGGCCAAGCUUCGAGAGCAAAGAUGUAGAUGAAGCCUUGAUCAAGAUGGUCAUUGAGGACUGUCAGCCCUUCACUAUUGUGGCGGACGAAGGGUUCAGAAAGUUUUUUACAGCUUUGAACCCUACCUAUGUUCUUCCCACAAGGAAGGCUUUAAAAGCUAUGGUGGACAACAGGUUUAAGCUGGCCAAAGAAAAAGCCAAAGAAGUGGUGUCAAAGGCUUCUGCAGUUAGCCUGAAAGCAGAUAUGUGUCCAAAAAAAGAAACCGUUUAAAGCCAGCCACUGUGGGAAAGCUAUUAUUUCUAAAUAAAAAUGAAUAGCAAAUUAUCCUUAACACUUGUUGUAUUUUGUUCACAUACUAAAUUACUAACGCAAGCACAUUCAUAUCUUUGUCUUAAGCCAGGGCAAAUAGCCAUUGAAU